UAAAAUAGUGAUCAUAUAAUCAUCUGUCAUUUAUUUAGAUUAUUAUGUUGUAUGUUUGCUAAGAACAUACCUGAAUGUUCUAAUUUCUUGAUUUGACAUUAUUCAUUCUGUAUUACCUGUACAUAUUGUAAAUUAAGUUAUUGUUGUAGUGUAUAUGACGCCGCAGGAAUGGAGAGAAUGGCACCAUACCACCUAUACAUUUCAUACAAUAGGCCUUCUUCUGAUUUUCCAUAUUGUCUCUUACUGUUUCAAAAUCAUUUUAAUGUUGUCAUAUCUAUGACCGACACACUUUCUCAGUGUCCCCGUGUGUGGUGUAACCUUUACUGUUUGAGAGUUGCAACAUGAAUAAAGUGAAUGGAAAGGUAAUUUGUCCUGCUGCUGACCAAGUGAACCCACUGCUAUAGGACCAAUUAAAGUUGGGGACUUAACAUUAAGUCUAUUUAAAGGAACAUACCAGUGUGUUGCCAUGUUUUAGACAAUUCAUUACAAGUCACACGUCUUCAACAUUACAGUUGGUAAUUUCUUAAAACAGAAUGUGUGUUUUCUUUCCUCACACUACAUGAAGCCAAUCCCAAGCAUAGCCUGUGUGGGGGGGCGGGACUUUACGGCAGCUUGUUGGUUGUCACGGCAACGUUGUGUGUGAGUGGAGAGCAUGUAUGUCAAACGGGUGCGAAGGUAAUUCAUGGAGUCGACUUCUACUGGAGCUGUUCACAGACAACCGGCUGCAGACCACCAGGAUAACAAUGUAGGUCGACCUGCCGACACCGGAAAGCAAUGAACGUCGACGCCAGUUAACGGUUAACGUCAGUUCGUCGCCUUGCUAGUAUAGCUAGCUAAGUUAAGUUAGUUAGCUGCAUGAACCCGAGCCAUGUCGAGUCGUAAUCUCCCCCCGGUGCGGCAUCUGCCUCAGUGGACUCGAGUCGGGCGACUCGGGAAGUCUUGCUCUCCGCGACAUUUACCGACGAGCCAACCGCAACAGCUGCCUGUCGUCCCGCCGGCGACCCGGGCGACGGAGGCGGGGCCGGAGCCGGGGCCGGGGCCGGGGGCGUCCGGUCACGGCGACGUGGACCCCCGCAACGCGUCGGUCCAGAAGAAUAUCCAGUUCCUUCAGCAACAACACAAGGACACUCUCGAGAAGCUCCACACAGAGAUCGAGUAUCUCAGACGGGAGAAUAAAGAGUUGCAGUAUAAGAUGAUAAUGGAGCCUCAAAAGUCAAGCGGAAAAGGGAUGACAUACAGUCGGAGAGGCGUUAGACCACCCACUCAGGGAAGUGAUGCUCAUACGGGACUCUACCUGGAGGAGCAGCUGCAGGACACGCGGUCCUCACAGGACCAAGCACAAAGCAUUGGAGAGGGCAGCGACAUUGUGGGAUCUGCCAGGCCGGACCAUAGCCCGGACAUGAAGGGGGGCCUCCUCACCUCAUUACAGCCUCUACGAAUUCACAGCCAUCCCUCCCAUCCGCCGCGCGCUCCCACACUGCAGGAGUGUGAGGUCAUCAUCCGGCAGCUCUACAAUGCUAACAGUUUACAGUCUCAGGAAAUUAUUCGUGUGAAGGCAUUGCUGAGAGAUAUUGUUUUGAGCAAGAAAAUAACCCCGGAAAACCACAUUCUGACCAAGGCGUACCUUGUUGAUGGUACCCGCAAAUCUUCAGAAGAAAAGAAAUUUCCAAAACUUGGUGUUCAAACAUAUCCGGAAAAAAUGUCUGGACCCUCUCAUUCUGGGGUGGUCCUCCCAGCCCUCAAACAGAGCCUCAGCUCCACCAUCGCGGAGAGACAGAGGAGGACCCGGGCUGUGCAGAGAGACCGCUUCAAAAGGACGGUGCAGUGACGGGAUCAUAACCUACCAUGGCGUCUAAGUGCUGGGGCUUGUCAUGGUUGUUCUAAAAAGCCAGUUAUUGAUAUCCAUUUGAAGUAUUUAUGUCCUAUACAAUAGGACAUAAUAUGAAAAUUUAGAAAAAGGUCGAUAGAAUUUAAAAGCUUUUAAUUUUGCACACAAAAAGAAGAUGACAGAUGGUCCCAAAUCUACCUUUGUACUGGAAAUGGUAAAUGUAUUUAUUAAUUUGACCUUUUUUAGUUUAGUUGUCACUGCACGUUUCUUGUAAUUCUGCCAAAAGGAUGGUGGAAUUGUUGUGUAUCAUAUAACUUGUAUAUAACCAAUCACAUGUUAGGUUUAAAACAGCUCAGUGCUCAAAACGUUCAUCAGUGCAAACAACCACAGUUAAGCCUUUAAAAGCACAUGAAUUAAUGAAACUGGAGAGACUCAUCAGGCUUACUUCUCAGGCACUUUUUGUAUGGGUUUGUAUUUAUUUAUUGUAAGGAAGCAGUGUCCUGCUGGAACUGGCCUGUGCGUUAUCAGUCAUGCACCUGCAGUACAGCUUAG